AUGGUCGCCUCAGACUCGCGACUUUCUCUUGAUGCUGGUGGCUUUGGAGGAAGCAAUGCCGAAGGUCAACAGGCGCUCAAGCUCGCUGAGCUCAAGGCGCUCAGGGAGUCGGGCAAGAAGGUCUUCGACACCUACCAGGUCGAGGAUGCUCCCUCGUUGUAUGAAGAGGUUGACGAGGAUGGAUAUAAGAAGAUUGUCCGCGAGCGUCUCGACCAAGACGACUUCGUCGUUGACGACAAUGGCGAAGGCUACGCUGACGACGGGCGUGAGGAGUGGGAUCGAGCUCCUCAGUAUGGCUCGGAAAGCGAGGACGAUAUGACGCCUCGUGGAAGACCCAGCAAAGCAGCCAAGAAACAAAAGGAAGACGAGAAGGCGAAACGCGAUGCUAAUGACCGUGAUAUCACUCAAUUCUUCACAAAGGGUGCUACCAAGGCGCAACCUAAAGUCAAGGUUGCGAAGACGAAAGAGGAUGACGAUUUCCUUGCCGGUCUCCUUGGCGAGGUUGACACCAACAUUCCCGCGCCAGCCCCCGCUCUGGAAAGCGGAACAGAUCGCCCGCUCCUCGGAGGCGACCCGAUUCCCUCCGACAUCCCUAUGAGCGAUCCUGCACCCUCCUCACCCACCGUCAAGGUUGCCGAGCGAAAGGCCCACAUUAAGGAAGAGCCCCAGAGCGAUGAAGACGACGAGGAGAUGAUGGAAGUUGCCCAUGUGGGCAGCGUAGCUGCAACCAGCGUCAACAUUGCUGGUUCCAAGCCGGUCAAGAAGAUUAUCAAGCGCGAAGAUUACCCCACUCCCGCGAGUUCGUCUCCGCCGGUAGCCGCACAAGUCGAAGCUGCCGUUGACUCGUCCUCUUGGAAUGAGCUGAAUGACAGGCUGAACGUCGUCACCUCUACCCCCACAGCCCGCGUCGUGGGCAAGAUGGAGCCCAGCGAUGCCACGGCUGAGGACGGCAGCGUCAACAUGUUUUGGACUGACUAUACCGAGAUCAACGGAAGCCUCUGUCUCUUCGGAAAGGUCUUUAACAAGAAGACGAAGACCUACGUCAGCUGCUUCGUCAAGGUGGACAAUAUCCUCCGCAAGCUUUAUUUCCUGCCCCGCAAGCACCGCCUGGAGCAUGGUGUUGAGACGGAUGAAGAGGUCACCAUGGGCGACGUCUUUAGUGAGGUUGAUGAGAUGAUGACCAACAUGAAGGUCGGUUUCCACAAGAUCAAGCCUUGCACGAGGAAAUACGCCUUUGAGCUACGAGAUAUUCCCAAAGAGGCACAGUAUCUCAAGGUCCUCUAUCCCUAUACGAAAUUCCAGUUUGUGCUCUGGAAGAACAUUAUGGGCCCCUGCUGGCUCAAGAUUGAUGAUCCCGACUUCUCAGCUCUCAAGAACGCCUCUCACUGCAAGCUAGAGAUUCAGGUCGACCACCCCAACGCGAUCGCGCCCGUCAGCGAGACCCUCAACUUGGAACCCCCGUUCACGAUGAUGAGCAUUGCUAUGCGCACCACGUUCAAUGCCCAGGACAACAAGCAGGAGAUUCUUGCUCUCAGUGCCCGGAUCUACGAAGACAUCAGCUUGACGGAAACUAAGAGGAACAAGGGCCUCAUCAAGACCAUGAAACAAGAGAGCGAAAUGCUAUCCUUCUUUUUGGCCCAGGUCGACGUUGUCGAUCCCGAUAUCAUCUUGGGCCACCAGCUGGAGGGUGUCGACUACAGCAUUCUGCUAAAUCGCCUCCACGAAAAGAAGACACACCAAUGGUCUCGGCUCGGCCGCUUGCGACGAAGUCAAUGGCCGUCUCAAAUCGGCAAGGUAGGCGGAAACGUGUUUGCCGAGCGCCAAGUCAUCGCCGGUCGUCUGCUCUGCGACCUCGGCAACGAUGCGGGCAAAUCAAUCAUGUUCAAGUGUCAGUCUUGGAGCCUAACAGAGAUGUGCAACCUGUAUCUUCCCGGCGACAACCGCCGAAGGGACGUCGACAACGAGGUUGCCCUCAAGACCUGGGCUACAACCAAGGACGGCCUCAUGGACUACGUCACCCACAUGGAAACGGAUACGUACUUCAUCGCCGCCCUCGCCUUGCAGAUCCAGAUGCUGCCGUUGACGCAGGUCCUGACCAACCUUGCCGGUAACUCGUGGGCGAGGACCCUCACCGGUACCCGUGCCGAGCGAAACGAGUACAUUUUGCUCCACGAGUUUCACCGCAACAAGUACAUCUGCCCUGACAAGCAGACCUUCCGUGGGCGCCGAAUGGAAGAUGAAAAUCAAGAAGAUGGUGACAACAAGAAGAAGGACAAGUACCAGGGUGGUUUGGUCUUCGAGCCUGAAAAGGGCCUCUACGACAAGUUUGUGCUCGUCAUGGAUUUCAACUCUUUGUACCCUCCAUCAUCCAAGAGUUCAACAUCUGCUUCACCACGGUGGACCGCAACGAAUUGCGAUGCUGUGCCCGCCGUACCGCAAGAACAGGAUCUCGGUAUCUUACCAAAGCUCAUUUCCACGCUCGUCAACCGUCGUCGCCAAGUCAAGUCCUUGAUGAAGGACAAGACGGCGACUCCCGAGCAGCUAGCGACUUGGGAAAUCAAGCAGCUCGCGCUGAAGCUCACCGCCAACUCCAUGUACGGUUGUUUGGGUUACUCCAAGUCGCGGUUCUACGCCCGACCCCUGGCCAUCCUCACGACCUACAAGGGUCGUGAGAUUCUCCGUAGCACCAAAGAACUUGCUGAGAGCCAGUCGCUCCAAGUCAUCUACGGUGAUACUGAUUCCGUCAUGAUCAAUGCCAACGUAGACAACGUUACGGACGCGCUCAAGGUUGGUCGGGAGUUCAAGAAGUUGGUCAAUAAUCAAUACAAACUUCUCGAAAUCGACAUUGACAACAUUUUCCGGCGCAUCCUUCUCCAGGCCAAGAAGAAGUAUGCAGCCAUCAACCUCGUGGAGAAGGACGGCAAGUGGGUGGAGAAGAUGGAAGUCAAGGGUCUCGAUAUGAAGCGCCGAGAAUACUGCGCGUUGUCCAAGGACAUCUCGAGCCGCGUGCUCAACGAGAUUCUCUCCGGCGAUGAGACCGAGGUUGCCAUUGGCCGCAUUCACGAGUACCUCCGGGAGAUCACGGGCAAGAUGCGAGAGAAGGCCGUCCCUAACGGCAAGUACAUCAUCUUCACACAGCUCGGAAAGGCGCCGGCCGAUUAUCCCAAUGGCGAUUCGAUGCCCCAAGUACAAGUCGCUUUGCGCGACAUUGCUCGAGGCAAGACCGUGCGCAAGGGCGACGUCAUGUCGUACAUCAUCACGGGCGACUCGAGUUCGUCAGAGCCUGCUCCCAAGCGCGCUUACGCGCCGCCCGACGUCAUGAAGGCGGACUCGGGCCUCUCGCCCGACGUUGAGUGGUAUAUCGGCAAGCAAAUCUUCCCUCCAGUGGAGCGUCUUUGCGCCAACAUUACCGGUACUUCCACCGCCCAGCUCGCGGAGAACCUCGGCCUAGACAUUAAGCGCUACGCGACCAACACGUCGGCGCAGUCCUCGUACAACGACACCGAGAUCCACCCUCUCGAGUCCCAGAUCCCCGAUCGCGUGCGGUUCGUCGACUGCGAGCAGCUCUUGAUCCGCUGCCGCGCCUGCAAGAAAUCCUCCGUCUUCGAGGGCCUCGUCAACAGCCCCAACCUUGUCACGCCCAAGGGCAUAAUCUGCGGCGAUUGCAAAGCCGCCACCCCCUCCUCUCCAUCAUCGCGCAGGUGGAGCACGCGAUCCGUCAGCACACCUCGCGUCAGCGUUGCCGGGUCUCGCUGCCUCGUCCGAUCGUGCGACGGCAAGAUGCGCUACGAGUACGGCGAGAAGGCCAUCUACAACCAGCUCCUCCUGCGCGACGAGGUCCUCGUCCGCGCGGAGCAGAACCGCAAGAGGUUCGCUACCGUCAAAGGCGUCGUCGACCGGUACUUGGAGAAGUGUGGUAGGCAGUGGGUCGCCAUGGAUCGCCUGUUUGCCAAGCUUGGCCCCAUCACGGUUGCCGUCCCCGUCAAGGUGGAGGUUGCCGUGUAA